CAGCAUCGGAAGCAGCAGAGGAGUGAGUGGCGAGCAGCCGGGGAGCCUAGUGCGCGUUUGGGGCGCGAACAGGCCAGGGGGAAGGGAGCCCGUUCAGGUGCGCUGCGUGCACAAAGUGGAGGCCGGUGCGGCCCGAGGGCCAUUGUGGUCCUCCCAGCCAUGGUCAGCGCGGGCAUUUGCCAUGCCGUCUUCAUUUGCUUGGUGAUCCGUACCGUAUCAGCGGCCGACCUGCAGGGUCCGACCCUGACCGGCAUCAAAGCCCGGUACCGGAUCGGCGAGCGCAUCAACGCCACUUGUAGCAGCGGCCUUUCCAGCGCGGGUCCCACUCUCCACUGGCUGAUUAACGACCGAGAGCCGAACGAGCAGGAGACGGAGCAGCGCGUCGAGCUGGUCCGGGUGGGCAAUCUCGAGGAGCGACGACAGCAGCUGGCAUUGCGGGCGCGAGACCAGCACUUCGUCAAAGGCGUCAUGCGCAUCAGCUGCAUCAUGGACGUGCCCGAGCUGGGACGCCGCGUCGCCGAGAAGUUGGUCACCAGGGCUACCGCGCCGCACCUCAGGCCAGAGAACCAGGAGGAAGGUGGUGUUGUUCUGUCAGUUCCCAGCAUAGUCAUCCUUGACAGUGGCUUCUGGCUCAACUGUAGCUCAGCUGGGGCACAUUCCAUUCACUGGUUGAAGGAUGGUCAAGAAUUCUACGAGUAUUCCUCUACGGAGAGCAGCACCCCAAAUAUUGACAAUAGUGUUCCAGGUAUCCAUGUCAAUGAGGAUGUUUCGUAUAGAGGCCAUGUCUACCUAAGCCAUUCUGAACUUGCCACUGAAGGUACCUACACCUGCAAGGUGAAGCUGCCAAGUUAUCGUACCAAGGUGUCUGAAAAGAAACUCCAAGUAUAUGCUCUCCCAAGUAAUGACCCAGAAAUUCAGAAUCUUCAAACGGCCUACAAGAUUGGGGAUGCUAUCAAUGUUACCUGUUCUAAUGGUCCAUCAAAGCCUGCUCCCAUCCUGACGUGGUACGUCAAUGGCAGUCGGGUGGAUGAAAAUGUGACAGACCGAGCUGAAAUUCCAACAGGAAAAGGCACCUUUUAUGCAAUGGCCAGACUCGAGUUGCCAGCGGAGCCUACACUCACAAGUAACAAAUCACUCAUGCUGAGGUGCCAAGCAUACAUUGGUGAAGAGUACUCUAGCAGUGCAGAACGGCUCAUUGACAUUGUCCCGCCGCGAGCAUGGGCAGGCUCUUUUGGUUCUCGAAACUUGCAACAUGGCUCUAUCUGGACUGUUACAGCCUUUACCAGUGCUUUUGCGGUUCUCUGUUGUGGUCUUUGAGUGUGGGCCAUUUCUGCCUUGUAUUAUAAAUGUACAUAACUGUCUGAAGAAAUAUUUGUUCCUUGUUGAAUUAAUAAAGUUGACUUGAACAGUA